GGGAGGCGGGAGGCGGGGCCGAGUGGGAGCUGGUGCUGGAGUCGGGGCCGGCGGUUGCAGUGGAGGCGGUGAUGUCGGUGCAGGUUGUGUCAGCCGCGGCAGCCGCCAAGGUGCCUGAAGUGGAGCUGAAGGACCUGAGCCCCUCCGAGGCGGAGCCGCAGUUGGGACUGAGCACGGCGGUCGUGGGCGCCAUGGUACCCCCGGCGGGCGGCGGGGACCCAGAGGCUCCCGCUCCCGCAGCGGAGCGGCCCCCGGCCCCCGGCCCGGGCUCAGGGCCCACGGCGGCGCUCAGCCCAGCGGCCGGGAAGGUGCCUCAAGCGUCGGCCAUGAAGCGGAGUGACCCGCAUCAUCAGCACCAGCGGCAUCGCGACGGCGGCGAGGCCCUGGUCAGCCCCGACGGCACGGUCACCGAGGCGCCGCGCACGGUCAAGAAGCAGAUCCAGUUUGCUGACCAGAAGCAGGAAUUCAACAAGCGUCCUACCAAAAUUGGACGUCGGUCUCUGUCUCGUUCCAUCUCUCAGUCAUCUACUGACAGCUAUAGCUCAGCUGCUUCAUACACAGAUAGCUCUGAUGAUGAGACUUCCCCCCGGGACAAGCAGCAAAAGAACUCAAAAGGAAGCAGUGACUUCUGUGUCAAGAACAUCAAACAGGCAGAGUUUGGACGCAGGGAGAUCGAAAUUGCUGAACAAGAGAUGCCUGCCCUGAUGGCCUUAAGGAAGAGAGCCCAAGGAGAAAAGCCUUUGGCUGGAGCCAAAAUUGUGGGUUGUACGCACAUCACUGCGCAGACUGCUGUGCUCAUGGAAACUCUGGGUGCCCUGGGGGCACAGUGCCGAUGGGCCGCCUGCAACAUCUACUCUACUCUCAACGAAGUGGCUGCUGCUCUAGCGGAAAGUGGAUUUCCUGUCUUUGCCUGGAAAGGAGAGUCAGAAGACGACUUUUGGUGGUGCAUCGACCGAUGUGUGAAUGUGGAGGGCUGGCAGCCAAACAUGAUACUGGAUGACGGAGGAGAUCUCACUCACUGGAUUUAUAAAAAGUAUCCCAACAUGUUUAAGAAAAUCAAAGGCAUAGUGGAAGAGAGUGUUACUGGAGUCCACAGGCUGUACCAACUGUCCAAAGCUGGAAAGCUGUGUGUUCCAGCCAUGAACGUCAAUGACUCAGUCACUAAACAGAAAUUUGAUAACCUCUACUGCUGCCGUGAAUCUAUUCUUGAUGGACUUAAAAGGACAACAGAUAUGAUGUUUGGUGGAAAGCAAGUGGUGGUCUGUGGCUAUGGAGAGGUGGGAAAGGGGUGCUGCGCUGCUUUGAAAGCCAUGGGUUCCAUUGUGUAUGUGACUGAGAUCGACCCCAUCUGUGCCCUGCAAGCCUGUAUGGAUGGAUUCCGACUAGUGAAAUUAAAUGAGGUCAUCCGACAAGUGGACAUUGUUAUUACUUGCACAGGUAACAAGAAUGUGGUAACCAGAGAGCACUUGGACCGCAUGAAGAACAGUUGCAUCGUCUGUAACAUGGGGCAUUCCAACACUGAGAUUGAUGUGGCGAGCCUGCGGACACCUGAACUGACCUGGGAGAGAGUAAGAUCCCAAGUUGACCACGUGAUAUGGCCUGAUGGCAAGAGGAUAGUACUGCUGGCAGAGGGCCGUUUGCUGAACCUAAGCUGCUCCACAGUGCCUACCUUCGUGCUCUCAAUCACUGCAACCACUCAGGCUCUCGCCUUGAUAGAACUUUACAAUGCUCCUGAGGGUCGCUAUAAGCAAGAUGUGUACCUGCUGCCCAAGAAAAUGGAUGAGUAUGUGGCAAGCCUACACCUGCCCACCUUUGAUGCCCACCUGACAGAGCUGACAGACGAACAGGCCAAGUAUCUGGGACUCAACAAGAAUGGGCCCUUCAAGCCUAAUUACUACAGGUAUUAAGUUCCUGUAAUGCAAGACAGAAGGCGUUUUAAGGAAUAGAAGAACCAAGCCUUUUCUCCACUACUAUCCAAGGAAGAACCCAACAAGCUGCUUCUCCAACCAGAGCUGCCCGCCGUGCUCAUCCUAUGUGUUAGGUUAUUUAUUUAUUAAAAUCUAGAAUCCUGUGCCUGUA